GUUAACCGCCUCGUAGCAGAGAGCACACGCAAAAACAGCCGACGCUGACUGUGCAACGGGCCGCAAAGGCGCCGCGCGCAGCCCCCACCACCAACCAACGCACCACGGGCAGCCCCACCGCAAGGAAGCAUGGGCUACCCUGACAACGACCUCGAGCGCCCCACCUACCGGAGCGAGCGCCGCGGCGCGCCGCCUCCACCAUCGCACAGCCCCUCCCAGGAGUAUAGGAGCCGCAAGGGCCGCGAUGACUAUGAGCGCGAGAACCGCCACCCGAACGGCGACACGAGAAGACGCAACAAACGUCGCUCGCCCCCGCCGCUGGGCGACGCGCGGCGCCGGCGCAUGGCUCCGCCCGCGGACUCGCCUCCUCCUCGCGGCCGCGACACCCGGCCCACGCCCGAGCGUGAGGACUACCGCAAGGGCUACGAGGCCGCCAAGAAGGAGAUGCUGCGGAACCUGUCGGGCGCGACCGACGAGGGCCCGUCGCGCGAGACCUCGCGUGCGCGCGACACCUCACGUGGGCGCCGCCGCGACGACUCGCCGGUACGACGGGAGCGCCGCCGCGAUUCUCCCCAGCGCCGCGAGCGCCGGCGCUCGCCUGAGCGCCGCGAACGCCGGCGCGACUCGCCCGAGCGCCGCGAGCGCCGCCGGGACUCGCCCGAGCGGCGCUCGCGCGAGCGCCGCCGGGACGAUUCGCGCGAGGGCCGCCGCGAGCAGUCGCGGAACCGCGCCGAGUCGCGCGAAGGCCGCCGGGACGAUUCCAGGGACGGUCGUCGCCGCGACGAGCCGUCGCGCGAGCGCGGGGCCGUCUGGCGGGAGCGCGACGAGGCCCUGCGCCGGUCCGAGGAGACGUGGCAGCGGUCCGAGGCCCGGGCCCAAGCCGCGGCGCCGCGGCGCCGGAGCCCGACGCCCGAUAAUAGAAGAAGGCGGAGCCCGUCCCCGGAGUGCAAGGAGGCGGACGACGACUACUCCCUGGCACCGGCGACGCGCGGCGUGCUGAUGGACGACGACGCCGUGUCCGAGGCGUCCGAGGCGGCGUCUGAGCUGACGGCCGACGACGAUGCGCUGUCGCCCGUCAAGCCCUUGCGAGCCAUGUCGAAGACGUCUACGCGAGGGCGGUUACAGCCGAUGGCCUUCGAGGAUGUAUUAUCAGUGCCGACGCCGCUCGAGCCGCCUUCGAUACGGAAAAUCCCGCUGCUCCAGUGCGUCUUAGAACGGAAGAAGUCGACGUUCGGCUCGGGCGAGCUCACGCUCAAGUUCGAGGACAAGACUUUACUGGUAGCGAAGAAGACGUCGCGGAGCGGCAACUACCACAUCUUCGACGCCACAUGCGGGCGCAUCGGCGGUGGCUUCUCCAAGAAGGGCGGCAAUUAUCUGGGAAAGAUCAUGGCGCCGAAAGGCACUGGCGUGGAUCUGGGCGGUGGUUCGGCGCACCACCGCGUGCUGGUCGACGGCUCUCAACAAAAGAAUGAGCACGCGCUCUUCAUCCACAAGCGCACUUCGACAUUGACGUCCUUCGUUGACGGGGCGAAGCCGCGGCAGGUGUCGGUAGCGCUGCCCGGUAGCUCAGCAAAGUCUGAGCUACUGACGCGGUUCUCGCACUCCGACGACAAGUUGACCGUGUUGGAGCAACGGCAACCGAAGCUCGUGGACGGCCAGUACUCGCUGAACUUUUACGGGCGCGCGACCGUCGCGUCGGUGAAGAACUUCCAGCUCGUGCCCGGAUUGAGCGACGACACGGUCGUGUUCCAGCUGGGCAAGAUCGGCGACCACGACUUCAACCUCGACUUCGCGCCGCCGUUCACGCCGUUCUCGGCCUUCGCGCUCGCCGUGUCGCAGUUCUAGGCACAAGGCCUUUGAACCCUCUCCCCCUCCCCCCCGGUAACAAGACUACCACGA